AUGUUCUAUUACCCCAAUGUUUUGCAACGCCAUACCGGCUGCUUUGCAACUAUUUGGUUGGCAGCGACUGGGGCCACCCGACUCCUCAAACGGGAAUACUUGAAAGUCAACAUCCCGCAAACAUGCGAGGAGAUCAUUGCCUUCAUACUCGUCCAGGUCCCGCCCAUCAUUCCUGGCGCUCCCCGGCCCCGAUUCUCACUCUACCUGUCUGCCCAGCUGCAGUUUGGGGUAGUCCGUGUGUACAGCCGCCAGUGCCAAUACCUCGCUGAAGAGAUCCAGCAGACCUUGGAACGGCUCAACCGGGUGCAGCAGCAGAUCCGGAUUGACCUGACGGACCAGGAGCAGCAGAUGCUUCUUCUCCCUGACCAGCUGACCCUGAUGGAAGCCCUAGAAGAAGCCCCCGACCCCUUUUUUGGAGUGAUGGUCCCUGCACUGCCCAGCCCUACUUACAUUCCACACGUCAGACACAUCCUGGAAGCCCCUACCCCUGAGAAAAGCCCACCGGAACGAUCUCCACCACCUACUCCUCGGCGAGAGCCACCCCUCACCGUCUCGCCUGAGGAUAUCACCCUCAAAGAAGCUGAGCCCAUCAGACUGCUGCAGAUUGAAGGUGAGCAAGAUCUGCCCGAAAUCACAGCCCAGGAGAUCGAUAUGCUGGUUGAACAGGAGGGGUUUGUGAUGCCCGGUGAAGAGAGACUCCUGCCGUUGCCCUCUGUUUCUCCCAGGAAAAGGCGCGCUGAAGAGUCUGUGGAAGAAGUCAGGAGGCGAGAGCCAUCAGUGUAUUUGGGACUGUCACCUCCCACUAGAACUGAGAAAGAGCUGUCAACUGCAGGGGAGACAGUUCUGUUGGAAGAGGAGACCCGGCCUUUGGUAGAAGCCCCUCUGUUGCCUUUAGAGACGACACCCCUGAAGCCUGGACUGGUGCCUUCUCCCACUUCGCCCUCUCCCAAGCGACAGCCCCCUCUAAGCCCUGAGCUCCGCCUGCCCGCGUACGAGCCAACCCCCGCCCACCCCUCCAGGCGACGGAGGCAGCUGCGCUUCGUGGAUGAAGUGACCCAGAUAUCCCAGGAGGACCUCCAGAAGCAGAUCUUGGAUCCACAGACGCAGUGUCAACCCCUGGAGUCGGUGCUGCUGCCAGCUAAGAGGCUGAGGACCCCGGCAGAGCUCUUGGGCACUCCGACACACGGGUGGAUCCAUCCAACCCUUCAAAGCCUCUGGGCCCGCUGCGCCAACCUUCAGCAUGUGGAUUAUGCCAGGCGGCGGGCAAGGGAGGAAGGAGCGCAGAGAGAGGAGGAAGAAGAAGAGCGGCGGCCAGCAGAGGUCCCUAGCGAGCUUGAGGUGCUGCGAGAAGCGGAAGAGCCAAGCGUGCCCCUUGUGGGUUCCUCAGAAAUCUCUCUCGAGACUACCGAGGAAGAGCUCCGCCUUAGUCUGGUGGCAGCUGAGGAGAGGAUCCUUGUGGAGCCGGAGGAAGCGGCGCUCCCUGUGGUGCCUGAACUCCCUGAAAUAAGCUUUGAGCUGCCGCUGGAAAAGGAAAUGCUGACCCUGACAGACGUGCGCAGGCUGGUGGCUGCUAAACUACAGGAGUUUGGAGAGACGGAGUUCGGCCAGCUGGUGCCUCUCACUGUUUCGAGGGCCAUUGCCAGCCGAUUCUUCUACCUGUGCCUGGUUCUUGCAGGGGGCCGUUACCUGCGCCUGGAGCAAGCGGAGCCCUUUGGCCGGAUCCUGAUCAAGCCUGGCGCCCAGUUUCACCCAAGCUAG